GACGCGCGGGGGCCAUGGCGCGUGCUUCCACUGCGUUCAUCUUCCUCGCCCUCAUCGCGGCGGCCGGCCAUGUGGACGCCCUGUGCGGCGUCGCAACCAGAGGCUGCAACGCACCGGCGCAGUUCUCCGGAAUGAAGAAGUCCACGACCUUACCGACAAUCGUCGCAUCCACGGGAAUCACGCAGGACUUCAAGGACAAGCUCGACGAGGGGCAUCAGGUCCUCAUCAACUUCGCCGGCGGAGCCGGCCCUACUACCGCGUACAUCCUGGAAGGCGGCGGUGCCGACGCCGCCUACGCCGACUUCAAAACCAAGAACUGCGAGCAGACGACGUUCGAAGGUUAUUGCGGAGCGGACAAAUUGAUCACCCAGGCCAAAAACUCCCAAGGGCAGGGAACCCAAGCCUUCAAGGGCUCCGGCGGCAAGACCUGCUCCUGCGGCCACGCGCUGGAAUCGAGCGCGGCCUUGUACUACAUCCUCGACUCUAGCACCACCGCUGAGGUCGUCGGUGAGCGCGCCGUUCACGAGAUGUGUCACGUCACCCAGAUGUCGCGGGGCGAGUAUUUCCCGACGUGGCUGGUGGAGGGCGGCGCCGUUCACACAGAAUGCCUGCUUCAGAAGAAGCUCACGUGGUCCACGCAGACCUACGAGGACUGUUUCAGGACCGGCGGCGGACGCGGUGGCGUCAUCCCAAACUUUCGCUCGUACUACGACUCCACCUACGGGUACACUAACGGACUCAAGAAGGGCGAGCUCAGGGAGUGCGGCGGCUUCGUCGGCAACAGCGACACCGAGGCGACGCAGAAAGCGGGAGGCGCGGACCCCAGCCACCUGUACUACGACACCGGCACCGUCGCCAUCGCGUACAUAAUCAACAAGGCUGGCAUCACGAGCCAGCAGUUCUGGCAGAGCAACGAGCUCGGCAAAGGGUUCUGGAAUACAAUUGUUCCGUUCGACGGCCACGACCUCAGAACCGGCUAUCCCGGCCAGUGCCCCGAGGACAAGGGAUGGAAGAAAUCGUUGCUCGCCAUCACCAAGCACGCCACCGUGGCAGAAUUCUACGCCGAGUUCGACGCCUGGGCAAAGACCGCGUCGGUGGCAGACGUCGUCGCCAUCCUCGAGACGCAGUCCGCAAUCGACACCCAGACGGCCGGAGUGUUCGACCUGUCCACCGCCACCGAGGGUACCGACCACGACCCGUGCGGGUCGGCGACCCAGUGGCCUCCUUCGCCCCCGCCGGCCCCUCCAUCUCCUCCACCACCGCCUCUCUCGGCGGGUUCGAGUCUGUCGGGUGUCGUGUCGGCCGUCGUCGCCGCGGCUACCGUCGUUCUCGCCGGGACGGGACGGGCUUAAGUAUGUGCGGCGUCGUCCAGAGGGCAAAACAAGACCCGGGUGAAACGUGCCCGGGCAACCUCGCAGUGGGCGGCUGCACAUGACGCGCGUGUCUAUUUCAUUUAAGUUUAUGCGUUUAAACGAGCG